UGCUGAGAGACUUGGUUAUUGAAGCUGCAUUUCUUCUGCUCAGCAUUUAGAAUAGCUCGGAAAGUUUCGGUCCUCUGCCAGAUCUCUCAUGGCAGUCCCAGUAGAGGAAGCCAUUGCUGCGCUGUCCACAUUUUCAUUGGAGGACGAUCAACCAGAAAUUCAAGGACCUGGAUUUUGGGUGUCAACUGAGAGAGGUGCAACUAUUAGUCCAAUUGAAUAUAGUGAUGUUUCCGCCUAUCGCUUAUCUUUAUCCGAGGACACGAAAGCCAUUAAUCAGCUGAAUUUGCUUGUCCGAGAAGGCAAGGAAAUGGGUUCAGUGCUUUAUACAUAUCGGAGUUGUGUUAAAGCCCUUCCACAGCUCCCAGAUUCUAUGAAGCAAAGUCAGGCCAACUUGUAUCUGGAAACUUACCAAGUUUUAGACCUAGAGAUGAGCCGUUUGCGCGAAAUUCAGCGAUGGCAAGCAUCAGCUUCCUCGAAACUAGCAGCUGAUAUGCAACGUUUCUCUAGGCCAGAACGGCGCAUCAAUGGUCCUACCAUAACUCAUCUCUGGUCAAUGCUGAAGUUACUAGAUGUGUUGGUCCAACUUGAUCAUCUAAAAAAUGCAAAGGCUAGCAUUCCUAAUGACUUCUCUUGGUACAAAAGGACAUUUACACAAGUUAGUGUGCAGUGGCAAGAUACUGAUUCAAUGAGGGAAGAGCUGGAUGACUUACAGAUUUUUCUCAGUACGAGGUGGGCAAUUUUGUUGAAUUUGCACGUUGAGAUGUUCAGGGUCAACAAUGUUGAAGACAUCCUCCAAGUUCUCAUAGUUUUUGCUGUUGAGUCACUGGAGUUAAAUUUCGCCCUUCUCUUUCCAGAGCGCCACAUCCUUCUCCGUGUGUUGCCUGUUCUUGUUGUAUUGGCAGCUUCAUCAGAAAAAGAUAGCGAGUCUCUGUACAAGAGGGUAAAAAUCAACAGAUUGGUCAAUAUAUUUAAGAAUGAUCCUGUCAUCCCUGCAUUUCCAGAUCUUCAUCUUUCUCCAGCUGCGAUACUAAAAGAGUUGUCAACAUACUUCCCAAAAUUUUCGGCUCAAACUCGGUUUCUCACUCUUCAUUCACCCCAUGAGCUGCCACCUCGUGAAGCACAAGAUUAUCAGCGUCACUUUUUAAUCAUCAACCACAUUGGGGCAGUUCGUGCGGAACAUGAUGACUUCUCCAUUCGUUUUGCUUCUGCCUUGAAUCAGCUUGCUCUAUUAAAAACAAUGGAUGGUGCAGAUGUGGAGUUUGCAAAGGAAGUCAAAGGAAAUGUCUAUGAUAUGGUUGUUGAAGGUUUUCAACUCCUAAGUAGAUGGAGUGCACGUAUUUGGGAACAGUGUGCAUGGAAAUUUUCACGACCAUGCAAGGAGCCUGUUUCCACAGAGUUGCAUGAGCCAUCAUCUUUUUCUGACUACGAGAAGGUGGUAAGAUAUAAUUAUAGUGCUGAGGAAAGAAAAGCCAUGGUAGAACUUGUGAGCUACAUCAAGGGAAUUGGGUCAUUAAUGCAGAAGUCUGACACACUAGUGGCAGAUGCCUUGUGGGAAACUGUUCAUGCUGAGGUCCAAGAUUUUGUGCAAAAUAUACUUGCCACUAUGCUGCGGACUACCUUCCGUAAGAAGAAAGAUCUUUCUAGGAUUCUUUCUGAUAUGCGUACCCUUUCAGCCGAUUGGAUGGCAAAUACAAGCAAACCUGAUUCUGACAUGCAAGGUUUCCAGCAUGGAGGUGAAGAAAGUAGAGGAGCCUUCUUUUACCCAAGACCAGUAGCACCUACAGCUGCGCAGAUCCACUGUUUACAAUUCUUGAUAUACGAGGUGGUGUCAGGUGGAAACAUGAGGAAGCCUGGUGGUCUUUUUGGCAAUACUGGUUCUGAAAUUCCUGUCAAUGAUUUAAAGCAGUUGGAAACAUUCUUCUACAAGCUUGGGUUUUUCUUGCAUAUAUUAGAUUAUACAGCGACUAUUGCAAACUUGACAGAUCUUGGUUUCUUAUGGUUCAGGGAAUUCUAUUUGGAAUCUUCUAGGGUUAUUCAGUUUCCUAUUGAAUGUUCCCUUCCUUGGAUGCUGGUGGACCAUGUAAUAGAGUCUCAAAAUGCUGGUCUUCUUGAGAGUGUAUUGAUUCCCUUUGACAUCUAUAAUGAUGCUUCUCAGCACGCACUUGUAGUUCUCAAGCAACGAUUCCUUUACGAUGAAAUUGAAGCAGAGGUGGACAACUGCUUUGAUAUAUUUAUAGCAAAAUUAUGCGACACCAUUUUCACGUACUACAAGAGUUGGGCAGCAAGUGAGCUGCUGGACCCAUCAUUCCUGUUUGCCUUGGACAUUGGUGAGAAGUUUUCAGUUCAGCCUAUGAGAUUCUCUGCAUUAUUAAAAGUUACUAGAGUGAAGUUGCUUGGAAGGACCAUCAACUUGAGAAGUUUGAUCUCUGAAAGGCUAAACAAAAUGUGUCGGGAGAAUAUUGAAUUUCUUUUUGAUAGAUUUGAGUCUCAAGAUAUAUGCGCUAUUGUGGAAUUGGAAAAGCUCCUUGAAGUCUUGCAACUUGCUCAUGAACUAUUGUGCAAAGAUCUAACUCUUGAUUCAUUUACGCUCAUGUUGAGUGAGAUGCAAGAGAAUGUAUCUCUUGUUUCUUAUUCUAGCAGGCUUGCAACACAGAUUUGGACAGAGAUGCAAAAUGACUUCUUACCCAACUUUAUCCUGUGUAAUACAACUCAGCGCUUCGUUAGAUCAUCAAGAGUGCCUCCUGUCCCUGUUCAAAAGCCAUCAGUUCCUCAGGCAAAGCCAAACUUUUACUUUGGUACCCAAGACCUAAAUUCUGCACACCAGAGCUUUGCUCGAUUGCACAGUGCAUUUUUUGGUAUUCCUCACAUGCACUCCAUCGUCAGACUCCUGGGGUCCAGAUCAUUACCAUGGCUUAUCCGAGCACUAUUAGAUCAUGUGUCAAAUAAGAUCACAUCUCUCGAACCAAUGAUCACCGGGUUGCAAGAGGUUCUACCCAAAUCUAUAGGACUGCUUCCUUUUGAUGGCGGUGUAUCAGGUUGUGUCAGGGUUGUUCAGGAACAUCUUAAUUGCUGGCAGUCGAAAUCAGAACUGAAACUUGAGGCUCUUCGUGGAAUAAAGGAAAUAGGAAGCAUCUUGUACUGGAUGAGUCUGCUUGAUAUUGUUCUGAGAGAAGUAGACACUAGCCAAUUCAUGCAAACCGCUCCUUGGCUGGGUAUAACUCCCGGUGCGGAGGGACAAGCAAUACAAUUCCAGGAUGGCGAAGAUAGCCCUAUCAUUAGCCUAUUUAAAUCGAUAGCAGUUACAAGUGUUUCAAACCCUAGCUUCCCAAACUCAUCAUCGUUCAGAGUCCUUUCACGACAAGCAGAAGCUGCUGACCUGUUAUACAAGUCAAACAUCAAUGCCGGGAGUGUGCUGGAAUAUUCACUUGCUUUUACGAGUGCAGUGUUAGAUAAAUAUUGUACUAAAUGGAGCGUUGCUCCCAAGACGGGAUUUGUGGAUAUUACAACUUCAAAGGACUUCUACCGUAUAUAUAGUGGCCUCCAAAUGGAAUACCUACACGAAGCUGUUCAAGUACAACCAGGCCAUCACGGAAUGCUAGGGGAUUCAGUUGCUUGGGGUGGCUGUACAAUAAUUUACUUGCUCGGCCAACAGUUGCAUUUUGAGCUGUUCGAUUUCUCACAUCAAGUCCUCAACGUUGCAGAGGUUGAGGUUGCAUCAACUACAUCAGCCAAUAGGAAUUCACACUUCCUCCAAGGCUUCGAAGGCCUAUUGGAAGCCAUGAAGAAAGCAAGAAGACUGAAUAACCAUGUUUUCUCAAUGCUGAAAGCGCGCUGCCCAUUAGAGGACAAGCAAGCUUGCGCGAUCAGGCAAAGUGGCGCUCCACUGCACCGGGUCAAGUUCGAGAAUACUGUAUCUGCCUUCGAAACAUUGCCUCAGAAAGGUGCCUGAGCCUACCAGACUCUCAACUCCAAUCUUGUAGUAUAUGUUCUUGUUGAUUUUUUUGCAUCCUUAUUUUUAAUACGCCAAUGUAAUAUACUACUAAUACUCUACUUCAACUUAAAUUGUAUGUCUUCAAAACUUAAAUGUUUGGUCCAAAUGUAUGAUGUCAAGAGCAUGCUUCGGCGAUUUAAGACAGGAGUUUGUAGAUUUGUUUGUUAUCUAAACUGUAAAAUUUACUGA